UGUGGUCCAUUGCUUAAAUAACAAGCAUUCCUUCGCCCGAAAUAUGUUCGACAUCGAUGUCGUUGCGUGCAGGUUCAACGUCUACUUUAUCCUCAAACGGAUGCCCCUUUUGCAAACGAUAAAAAUUCCCUGUUGGAUAUUGUAUAGCUUAUUUUUCACAAACUAUGGAUGCAGCCAGUCAAAUAUGUGCGCAAUAAAGCCAUGUUCAGUUAAACAAUACAGCUUUUCCAGAGAGAGAAACAGUGUGGAGAAUCACGCCCUUUAUGACCACAGUUUUAAAAACCUGACAGUGCAGAGUCACAAGGACUGUUUUGAGAACUGUGCGUGGGACUGUCGAUGUAAGUCGUUCAACUUUGUAACAAGAAUGAAGCAGAAAAACUGUCACCUGAAUGAACAAGACAGAUAUGUGGAACCUGGGGCAUUGAAGAAGACAAUUGGAUUUAGCUAUCACGAAAUAGGAAUUGAGUAUAACAUCAAGUCAGGAACCAAAUGCCUACAAUGCCACAAUGGAUGCUGUCGUGGAAAUAUUCACUGUCUCAACGGUGGAACCUGCCAAGAAACCUGUGACAGAAGGAGAUUCAGAUGUGCGUGCAGGCCUGGCUACACAGGAAACUACUGCGAUAAAAGAGUGCAAGUUUCAAUUUCUAAGAGCUGCGCAGAAAUAAAGAAGAAUGGUGGUCAAUCAGACGGUGUUUAUACCAUUGAUCCAGAUGGUAAAGGAGCCUUUCAAGUCUAUUGUUAUCAGAAUUACUCCGCCGGAGAACCCUGGGCUGUCAUUCAGAGGAGAAUGAACGGCUCGGUUGAUUUUUACCGCGGUUGGAUGGACUACAAGAAGGGGUUUGGUAAUGUGCAGGGAGAAUUCUGGCUUGGACUUCUAAACAUCCACAGGUUGACCAAUCAGCGACAGCAUAAGAUGAGAAUAGAGAUAGAAAAUUUCAAUGGGAAUUGGUGCUGGGCUGAAUACGAAAACUUUACUGUGAGUGGAGAAGAUGAUGGGUUUCGUCUGCAAAGUUUGGGAUCUUACACCGGUUCAUGCAUAGAUGCGUUUUCAUACAAUGUUGGUGCUCCCUUCUCUACCAAAGAUAAAGAUGCAGAUAGUAAUGCGAAUAGUAAUUGUGCUGUGGAUCAUCAGGGAGCCUGGUGGUAUAAAAAUUGUACGUACUGUAAUUUGAACGGAAAGUACAACCUCCAACCUGGUCAGGAAAUUACAGGAAUAUACUGGUACCAGAACAAUGGAACACCAGAUCGCCUUAUUAAAUGGGUCGAGAUUAAAAUACAACCCUUCGGAUAAAUCUAUAUAUUUGGGCGUCAACAUUGGUUUAUCAGCCGAGUUCUCGGCGAACGGUACAAUUCCAUCCUUAGCUGAGUUAAAGGGACAAAUUCAGAGCCCUGAAGAAAGUUUAAGCAGUGAUUGUGAUCUCCUGUAUUUGCAUGCAGAAUAUCACUCCACACAAAGAGUCUGUCUUGAUUGACUCUGCAAAGUAAUUAAUGAAAUUGUGGAGGAUUUUAGCGAAAUACUGUAACACUGAGGGAAAAUUUCUAAGUUUUUUCAAAAACCAAAUUGGUAAAAUAAACAA